AUGCGGCGUGGCGGGGCCGCUAGCUGGCCGUGCGUGCGGCGUGGCCUGAUCUCCUAUCCCGCGCCGCGGCAGCGUCCCCCGCCUACCGCGUGCCAACCGCCCAGCCCGGCGUUCGACGGAGCUGCGCCGCUUCCUCGUCCGGUUCUUCUAGGUGCAGUGCUUGCAGCUGCCUUCGCCAGGCCUGGUGGCAUGGCUAAAGAUGCACACCCACCAUGUUCACCAAAACGAGGGACAUCCGGCGCUGUCGUCCUAAAAGACAGAAUUGGAGCUGUCGUACAAAAAGUAGAUGCCGCAUUAGGUACUAGUGAAUCGGUCCGAUCUGAAACGGGCGGCACCAAAAUGUCAAAUUUGUCUCCUUAUCAUGAAAAACUUGACAGUUCCUCAGAGAGCAAACUGAACGCCAACCGUAAGGUAGGCGUCGCUUCUGGUGGCAGGUUACCCUCAGCUAACUCCAACAGUCCGUCUCUAAUGUCGUCAACUCCUAAGACCGCCGCUAGUCUCGAAGGUACUGACAGUUCCGAAACGUCCAACUCGUCUCCUUCCACCGAAAAAUCUGAUAGUUCCUCAGAGAGCUCGUUAAAUGCCAACCGAAAGGUAGAUCUCGUUUCUGGUGAGAAAUUGCCCUCAGCAAGCUCCAGAGCCCCGUCUGAAACGUCAUCAACUCCUAAGACUGCUGCUAGUGUCGAGGAUAUUGACAGCUCCGAAACGGCCAACUCGUCUCCUUCCACCGGAAAGCCUGACAGUUCCUCAGAGAGCAAGCUGAGCCCCAGCCACAAGAUUGAUCUCGCUACAGGUGGUAAAUUGCCUUCAGCUGGCUACAAUAGCCCGUCUGAAAUGUCGUCAACUUCUAAGAAUGCUGCUAGCCUCCGGAAUACUGAUAGUUCCGAAACGUCCGAUCUGUCUCCUUACCCUGAAAAACCUGACGGUUCCUCAGAGAGCAAUCUGAACACCAAUCGUAAGACAGGUCUCGCUGUUGGUGGCAAAUUACCCUCAACUAGCUCCAACAGUCCCUCUGUAAUGUCGUCAACACCUAAGACCGCCGCUAGUCUCGAAGUUACUGAUAGUUCCGAAACGUCCAACUCGUCUCCUUCUGCUAAAAACUCUGGUAGUUCCUCAGAGAGCACGUUGAAUGCCAACCGAAAGGUAGACCUCGCUUCUCGUGACAAAUUGCCCUCAGCAAGCUCCAGAACCCUGUCUGAAACGUCGUCAACCCCUAAGACUGCUGCUAGUCUUCAGGAUACUGAUAGCUCCGAAACUUUUAACUCGGCUCCUUCCUUCGAAAGACCUUGCAGCCCCUCUGAGAGCAUGAUGGACGACAACAGUUCAUCGGAUCUCUCUUCUGGUGGUAAACUGCCGUUACCUGGCACUGUGUGUCCCCCUCCAAAAUCACCAUCUGUUACGAAUACAAACAAUCUCCCGAAAUUUCAAACCUCCGAUGUUUCUCAGUCCGACUACAAGGCCAAAGAUGACUUUUCUGCCAGCAACGAAUUUCAGAGUUUUCCUGUAAGUAACUUACUAGCUAGUUCUUCUGUUAAGACCCAAGAAAGCGUUUCCAAAAGUCCGGAUAAUAUCGCCAGUAUAGAGAGCUCUGCUGCAUCAGUCAACAAGCCUAGAGCCGAUUCGCCUGACAGCACCUCCUUUGGAGAUCUCCCUGGUGCCAACGUUCCACCAAGUCCGUCUGCUGACUCCGACGCAGAUUCUCCUCCUGCCGUCUCCCCUCGCUAUCCCACCAGUCACUUUGUUCUUGCUCCACCUGCCACUACUGUUCUCAACCUGAAGAAUGCCUACAAUUUCUGGCCUUACAGCAGGCUUCUCUACAACCAUCCAGCCAACACGUUCAUCGUCAACGUACCCCUGACACCGAUGUGCUCACCUCCCAGCUCUAACAACGCCAUAUCUGGUCUUCCCAUAAGCAGCCAGUUUGCUGAUCUUCCCUCCCAUAGGUUCUCACCUGACCUUACUGCUCUCUCCCACAAUAUUAUGGACGCAGUUCAGGGUGCAGUUCUGGCCAACUGGCCUGCCAACAGUGCUGUGAUUCCACAACAGCUGUCACUGGAUGACUUUAGUAAGGGCGGGGCAGUCUACAACGCCGAGGAUCCAGAAGACGCUGUAGAUGCCGAUGUCGACGCUCCACCUUGUGCCGCUAUCGGUCCUGUGGCUGAACCACUGGGACUACCUGCAGACACCACCAUUUCCGCUGCACCAUCGAGCUCGGCACCAAAUACUGUCACCUUCGGUGGCGUUCCUGUUCGCAUAUGGGCGCCACCAGCUGGUCCAUCCACGAGCCAGAUUCCAGGCAUCAUCAACUUUGGAAGCAUUCCUUUCUCCAGCGCAGUAAAACAGACAGCAGCACCAGUGAACGCUGUUCAGAACACGAUCAACUUUGGUGGGGUAUCUGUUCGCACGCUGGGCCAACCCGUAACUGUACCACUGAGUGUGACUUCAAACAUCAUCUCCGUCGGUGGUUGGCCUAUGUCGGAGAAUACAGUAUACGAAUUCUUUAAUGUUAUGAAUGCAUUAAGUCGCAAGAAGACUGUCGUCAUGUGUGCACUGCUUGCAGCUGCCUUAGCGAGGCCUCGUGUCCUGUUGGAAGCCGCACCGUCACCGUGCUCGGCAAACACAGGAGCAGCCGGUGCUGUCAUCCUGAGAGACAGAGUUGCAGCCAUCAUGCAAAAAGAAGACGCCGCAUCUGUUAGCAACGAAUCGACCCACUCUGAAGCGGCCGGUUCCGAAAUGUCUAGUCUGUCUCCUUCUCCUGAGAAACCUAACAGUUCCCCAGGCAGCAAGUUGAACACCUACCGGAACAUAGGUCUUACUUCCGGUAGCAAAAUGCCCUCACUUGGCUCCACGAGUUCGUCUCAAACGUCGCCAUAUUCUAAAAAUGCUCUUAGUAUUCAGGAUACCGAUAGCUCCGACACAUCUAAGCUGUCUCCUAUCGCCAACAAACGCGACAGUUCAUCAGAGAGCAAGUUGAGCCCUCACCGUAAGACAGGUCUCGCUUCCGGUAGCAAAAUGGCCUCACCUGGCUCCCUUAGUUUGUCUCAAAUGUCGCUAGAAUCUAAGGAAGCUGUUAUCCUUCAGGAUACUGAUAGCUCCGAAAAGUCCAACCUGUCUCCUUUUGCCGAAAAACCCGAUAGCUCCUCAGAGAGCAAGUUGAACCCCAACCGCAUGAUAGGUCUCGCUUCUGGUAGGAAAGUGCUCUCACCUAGCUCCAUUAGUCAUUCUGAAACGUCACCAAAAUCUAUGAAUGCCGUUAGUCUUGAAGUUAGUGAUAACUCCGAAAAGUCCAACGUGUCUCCUUUCGCCGAAAAACCCGACAGUUCAUCAGAGAGCAAGUUGAGCCCCAACCGCAUGAUAGGUCUCUCUUCUGGUAGCAAACUGCCCUCAUCUGGCUCCCUUAGUCUGUCUCAAACGUCGCCAGAAUCUAAGGAAGCUGUUAGCCUUCAGGAUACUGAUAGCUCCGAAAAGUCCAACGUGUCUCCUAUCGUCGACAAACCCGACAGUUCAUCAGAGAGCAAGUUGAACCCCAACCGUAAGACAGGUCUCGCUUCCGGUAGCAAACUGCCCUCAUCUGGCUCAAAUAGCCCGUCUCAAACGUCGUCAGAGUGUAAGGAUGCUGUUAGUCUUCAAGUUAGUGAUAGCUCCGAAAAGUUCAACUUGUCUCCUUUCGCCGAAAAACCCGACAGUUCAUCAGAGAGCAAGUUGAACUCCAACCGUAUGACAGGUCUCGCUUCCGGUAGCAAAAUGCCCUCACCUGACUCCAAUACACCAUCUCAAACGUUGUCAGAAUCUAAGGAUGCUGUUAGUCUUCAAGUUAGUGAUAGCUCCGAAACGUCUAACAUGUCUCCUUUUGCCAAAAAACCUGACAGUUCCUCUGAGAGCAAGUUGAACCCCGCCCGUAAAAUAGGUCUCGCUUCUGGUAGCAAAGUGCCCUCAUCUGGCUCCAAUAGCCCGUCUCAAACGACGUCAGAAUCUAAGGAUGCUAUUAGUCUUCAAGUUAGAGAUAGCUCCGAAAAGUCCAACUUGUCUCCUAUCGCCGAAAAACUCGGCAGUUCUUCAGAGAGCAAGUUGAACCCCAACCGUAUGACAGGUCUCGCUUCCGGUAGCAAAAUGCCCUCACCUGGCUCCAAUACUCCGUCUCAAACGUCGUCAGAAUCUAAAGAUGCUGUUAGUCUUCAAGUUAGUGAUAGCUCCGAAACGCCCAACAUGUCUCCUUUUGCCAAAAAACCUGACAGUUCCUCAGAGAGCAAGUUGAACGCCAGCCGUAAAAUAGGUCUCGCUUCUGGUAGCAAAGUGCCCAUAGCCUACUCCAUUAGACCGUCUCAGACGUUGUCACAAUCUAAGAAUACUGCUAGCCUUCAGGAUACUGAUAGCUCUGAAAGAUCCAAUCAGUCUCCUUCCCAAGAAGAACCUGACAGUUCAUCAGAGAGCAAAUUGAACCCCAGCCGUAAGAUAGGUCUCUCUUCUGGCGGCAAAAUGCCCUUGCCUGGCUCCAUUAGUUCUUCUCAAACAUCGCCACAGGUUAAGAAUGCUGCUCGUCUUCAGAAUAUUGAUAGCUCCGAAGCGCCCAACUCGUCUCCUUCCGCCGAAAGAGCCGACAGUUCCUCAGAAAGCGUGUUGGUGGAUAACAGUUUUGUGAAUCUGUCUUCCGGUAGUAAAGUGUCCUCAUUUGGCUCAGUUAGUACCUCUGGUAAAUCACCAUCGCUUAAGACUGCAGACAGUUUCUCAGAUUUUGAAACGUCCAGUGUCUCUGAAUCUGCCGAAAGAUCCAAAGAUAACUUACCUGUCAGCAACACAUUUCAAAAUAUUCCAGUAAGUAAUCUGCGAGCCCCUUCCUCUGUUAACUCCCAAGAAACUAUGAGCAAUAUUGUCAGGGUAGACACUUCAGCUGCAUUCCAGACUGUCAACAAGCCUAGUACCUCAUUUGUCGAUCUUUCUGCCAGCAACUUCCCAGCGAGUCUCUCUUCUGAAACCGAAGCAGAUUAUUCUCUUGCCAGUGCCCAUCGCUAUCCCAUCAGUAGCUUCGCUCCUGCAGUACCUGCCACUGCUAUUCCUUAUUUGAACACUGCCAAUAAUUACUGGCUUUCCUGCAGGCCUUUCUGCAGCCAUUCAGAUAACAGUGUCAAAGUGAACCUACCCGUGACAAUGAUGUGCACAGCUCCCAGUCCUAACAAGGCCAUUUUUGAUAUUCCCAUUAGCAACUCGUUUCCUGUUCUUCGCACGGAGGACAGAUUCUUACCUGACAUCAUUGUCGUCUGCAGAAAAGAUGUGGACACUAUCCAGGGUGAACUUCUCGCCGACUCGCCGUCCAACUGUGCGAUGACUCCGCAACAACUGUCAUUGGAUCAACUUAGUAAGGUCGGGGCAGUCUACACUGCUGGGGAUCCGGCAGCCGCUGCCUUUUCUCCAGCGUGUGCCAUCGUCGAUCCGGCGGCCGCAGCUCCGACCGGGCUGUCUGCAGACACCAUCACUUACGCUGCUCCGUGGAGCGUGUCACCAAACACCGUCACCUUCGCUGGCUUUCCUGUUCGUGCAGUGGGACAUCCCACGACUGUUCCACACCGUGUGCCUUCGAACACCAUCACAUUCGGUGGUUGGCCUGCUACUGCUGUGCAGUACAACAGGCUGCUGUUUUAA